UUUAUCUGUGGAAAUUCAAUAUGGCGACAAUUUAUAAAAAAAAAUAAACAGUAGCAAGAUGAUAAAUGAAUGUAAUGCGUAGAUACUGGCCAUUUUAAUGGCUUUUAGAGCGGAAUUAUACAAACUUUACAGCUAAUAGUCGUUUCCUAAGGAGAAGUUGCCUUAUUACGCCUAUGUGACUUAUGCAAAACGUUACAAUAAUAGCUUGUAGCUGCCGCUUAACGAAGGAAGGAAAAUACAUGAGUGAGGUCAUAUGAUUCACGGGGUUAACUAAGUUUACAAAGAUAAUACGUAAUUGUGCUGUGUCUGUGAGCGUGUGUGGUGGUGUCGACGGUCGCAAACCAUCUGCGGCCGAUUUGUACCGCGAAGUGUCUGACUUAUAACUUAAGAAUUUAUUCCGGUUUCGAUGAGUAAUCGAUUAGAUGAGAUGAUCGAAAGCGUUUCGCGGCGUGCCUUCAGUAGUUCCAGUGGCACUUACAAUGUCCGAGCGUUGGAGCUGCAGAGAGAGCGAAAACUCAACAUAAUAAAUGUUACCGUACAGUUCUUGGACGACACCCAACACUCUUUUCAAAUUGAGAAAAAAGCAAAAGGCAGUGCACUGUUAGAGCAAGUAUUCCAACACAUAGAACUAAUUGAGAAGGACUAUUUUGGACUACAGUUUACGGAGAAUGGUGCAGCACCGAAUGCUACUAACACAGAAAUUACGCGUUGGUUAGACCCAAGCAAGUCAGUCAAGAAGCAAGUCGGAGGCAACGCGCAGUUCUGGCUAGCGGUCCGGUUCUACCCUCCAGAACCUUCUAGACUGGCCGAGGAGUUCACCAGAUAUCUGCUCUGUCUGCAGCUGAGGAAGCUACUGCUGGAUGGAAGGAUGACCGCUCCUAAGAAUACUUUGCUGUUACUUGCUUCAUUCACAGUGCAAGCGGAACUCGGCGACUACAAUGUAUCAGAACAUCCGCCGGACUAUCUGUCCGAACACAGAUUGGUGCCUAAACAGUCCGCCGAGGACGAGAGAAGAAUACGUGAACUACAUAAGUUACAUAGUGGACAGGCCCCUUCUGACGCUGAAGCGAAUUUUCUAGAACAUGCGAAAAGAUUGGACUGUUAUGGUGUCGAAUCUCAUCCUGCUAAGGAUUACAACGGAAAGGACAUAUUUAUUGGCGUCACCUCAAUAGGUAUAGUCGUCUUCCAGAACAACAUUCGAGUGAACACGUUCUCUUGGAGUAAAAUCGUCAAGAUUUCCUUCAAGAGGAAACAGUUCUUUAUUCAACUUAAGCGGGAACCAUCUGAAUCGUACGAUACAGUCCUCGGCUUCAACAUGCGGUCAGGGCGCGCAGCUAAAGCCCUCUGGCGUUGCAGCGUAGAACGCCACGGCUUCUUCCGCCUCCGGGCCCCGCGGAGACGGCCCCUUUUGGGAGCCCUGGGGGCCCUGGCCGGUAUCACGGCCCCUACGGUGCCUAGGACUGAGACGCAAGCGUUAGAAGACGCUAGGAGAUCGCGGUCGAGUAAUAGGACUUUUGUCAGACGAAGCAGCUCCCGCACUCGGUCGCGGUCGCCCGGCAAGCUGUCGCCGGGCGCGCCGGCGGCGGCGCCGCGCGGCGCGCGCGUCACGGCCCACGAGGAGCCGCCGCCCCGGGCUGCUUGGACAGCGCCCGUGCCUGAUAACGAAGACGAAGGCGGCUUCCUUGAACGCUCCCUCGCCCUUAGAGUACCCCUCUCCUACGCAGACGACUCAGACACAGCGUCAGAAGUGGCCGAUCAAACGGUCCGGGUUCGGCUCUCGGCCGGAGCUGAUGGAAGAUUCGGUUUCAAUGUGAGGGGCGGGGGCGGAGCACCUGUACUUGUGUCUAGAGUGGCUCCGAGAAGCCAUCCGCAGCUGCAAGAAGGGGACCAGGUUAUAUCAAUAAACAACACAGACGUGGACGACCUAACCCACGAGCAAGUUGUACAAAUCAUCAGAAAUACGCGGGGCGUGCUAACACUCGUCCUUAAACAAAACGCCGUAUACGAGCCAGAAGAAACCGGCCCCGAAGAACCAGCAGUAUGCUUCGUCCCUCUCUGCUCCGGGCAACUAGAGGGAGACGCACUAGAACAAUCCAUGCUAUUGCUAGGAGAUGGCCUAGCCAGCGGUGCUGCGUUGAAGCAAUAUGAGACUUUACUGAGGAGGAUAGUCGAAGAGCCGUGUGCGGCGUCGAGACAUGUCAAUAACGUCAAUAAGAACAGAUACAGGGAUAUUGCCCCUUACGAUUCUACUCGUGUUAUAAUGAAGAAUUGUUCAACGGGUGACUACAUUAAUGCGUCGUACAUUAAUAUGGAAAUAUCCAGCUCUGAUCUCGUUCUUACCUACAUUGCUACACAAGGUCCCUUACCAUCAACCGUGGGCGACUUCUGGCAAAUGGUGUGGGAGUCGGAAAGCAGUCUCGUAGUGAUGUUGACCGUCCUGGUAGAGAGAGGGCGGACCAAGUGCCACCAAUAUUGGCCCAAGGUUGGCAACACUCCACUUAAAGCGACCAACACACUUACAGUCCAGACAAACAGCGAGCAGAACUUGGGACAUUAUGUAAGAAGAGAGAUGACUAUUAAGGAGUCAGGCGGGGCGACUAGGAACAUAACCCAGCUCCAAUACACGGCAUGGCCCGACCACGGCGUGCCAGAAGACGCGGCUGCCUUCAUAAACUUCACCCGGUUAUGUUCGCGGCUCAGGAACCAUCGUGCUGUGAUACCAACCGUAAUCGAAGAGUUAGACUGUGAAGCCGAGCGAGUAUUGGACCCGCCGAUGAUCGUGCACUGCUCGGCGGGCGUGGGGCGUACCGGUGCGCUCAUCCUGGCCGAGACCGCCAUCGAGCUGCUGCAGCGGAGGCAGCCCUUCUACCCGCUGGAGCUGACCAGGGCCAUGCGCGCGCAGCGGCCCAUGUGCAUACAGAACGCGAGCCAGUACAAGUUCGUAUGCGAGAGCAUACUCUCAGCGUACAACCAGGGCCUCAUCACCGAGUCCUCAGAAAGCGGCUCCACCUGAACCCUCGCCUUGCCAAUUUAAUAGUUAUCAUGUAAGCUAACUUAUUAUCGCAACAAACAAAAACGCUGACCAUAUUGGUCUUUUUGGUAUUUCUAUAAAUUGAAAUAUACAUAUGUAAAGUGGGGUGACAUUGGAAUGGUGGGGCGACUUUAAACAAUCAUAAUUUUUAAGCGAUAAUAUCUAUAUUAACGCUUAAACCACACUUUUAGCCUUUUUUGAGACCGUAAUACAUGUUCAGCUUUUCUCAAUUGGAGCGACGACCUCUGCAGUUUAUUGAACUGAUGACCCGAAGGUACUACUAAGAAUAAUGCCACUAUUAUUUAACAAACUAGCACUUUCUCAUAUUGAAAGCAAAUAUAAAGUAGGUACCUAUUUAAAUAUAGCCCUUUUGUUUCUAGUCACCCCAUUUUAUGGACCCAAAACUCAGAUUAUUUAACCUUUUGCCCGGAACUGUGCAUUUCCAUGCACCCAACGUUGGGUUUUUAACUAUUUUGUCGCGUGUAUACCUACUAUAGUUUCAUGGGUAUUAGAAAAAUAAGUGUUUGUAAUAAAUAUAAGAUCAAGAAUGCAAUGAAAAUGUUUUCUAAGACUGAACGGCGAAGUGGCCUUCUAAAGUAGGAAAACGAACGAGGGACCUCAAUGAAGUAUAAAAAUGCGAAGGAAAUUUGAACUUUACUGCCUGUAUAAUAGCGUUUAAAAUAUGAAAUUCGGUACGGUUCAGUCGAUAUUUCGGACCAGUUUAGAAACUACGAUGUACUGUAAGAACUUUAACUUUAUUGAACUCCCUAAUUAGGUGACUUGGUGUGUUUUUAUUUAUUAAGUUUAAGGAAAUCUAUUGUGAACUUGCAAAUAUAGAGCAGCUUUUACAAAGGAAUCGAGAUGAAAAUGUUAAUUUGUGUUAAAAAUUUUACGCUUACUUCGAUCCGAGAACUGCUUAUUUGUGAAAUUGCCAGACAAAGGUACGUUGUCAGUUAUUAAUAAAUAAAAAAAUGCAAUAACUGUACCUCUGUAUGAGAUCAACCCCAUUUUUCUAAAAAUUCGAAAGUCAUCUCGAAUAUACACAUAUCAAAGUAGUUAAAUAAUCCUGCUUACUGUAUAUUUGUACUUAUUUUACUCUAUCUAUACUUUCUGUGGUCUUCACUGUAGUUAUUCUUGCCUUCGUAACGAAUUUAUGAAAAUCUAAUUUUAAUAACUAGUUUUAAUAUUUAUUAUUAUUAUAAGUUUCAUUUCUUGUGCCAUUCACAGAUAAUAUAUUAUUUAAUUAAGACCAUUUUACAGAAUACUUAUUUCUUUAACCUUUUAGGCAACUAUGAAACUUUACAUGCCGUUACGUGGGGCUAUUUAGAACCAAUGGGGUCAUUUUAAUUAUGGCUUUGAAUACGUAUACGUAAUAGAUUGAACCAUUAUUUUGUCAUAUAAAUGUAUGUUUUACACCUAUAACAGUGGUGUAACAUACAGAUAGACAUAUAAUAUCUAAAAAUAGGCUCACGCGACGGCUGAUAUUGAUAAUUGAUUUACCGGUCUUCUUUAUCGGUAAAAAGGUUAAUUUCAAACCAGUAUUAAGCCAUUCAGAAUAUUACAAUAUUAUUUUAUAAGCACUAAAGUUUAUUAUUUCUAAAACACGAUGCACCCUAAUAGCAUAAAUUGUAUAAAAUAUAAGUAAUAUCAUUUUGUCCUAGGGUUUACUCAUUAUACAAUAGUGUCAAAUUAUUACAUCUUAAACAAAACAAAAACUACUUAAAGAUUUGACUGAAGGUCUAUUUAAUAUGGAAUCAUGAAUUUAAAGUAUGUAUGAAAACAACAUAUCACUACUUUAAUAUUUAAGAACUUAAUACUUACUUUCUUUUAUAUACUAACAAAACAUUUAUUUUUACAUCUUUUGCAAGGAAGUUAUAAUUUUUGUUGGCUAGCUAUGUGCCUAUAGAUUAAGGGAAAAUGCCAUAAAUGUAAUUUUAUACCAAUAACAUUAAUAUAUGAUUUAAGUCGUAAUAUAUCCCAGUCACCCAUAAAAUUUGAAAUUAACGCCUAUAUUUUGUUUGUAAUUUAUUUAAUUUUAGUAACUUAUUAAUGCAUUCGGCCAAAACUGAAAUAAACCUGCAUUUAUCUCAAAAUGCGUUAUUUUCAAUGCAAUCAAUUGGCAUUUAGAAUUGGCCUUACGUAUAAACAUUAGAAGUAGUAAAUAUUCCGUUCUUUGUAAAUGUUUAGUAGGUAUAUAUAAAAUGGAUUGAAAUAAGAUUACUUGUCUCGGGUUAAAAGGAACAGCUUACUUAAUUUGACAUAUAAAACAAACUGUUCCCUUUCACCCCAUGUCUCUUUCGCCCUAUUUUUUUUUAAUUAGCCUGUUAUAGUGUCCCACUGCUGGGCAAAGGCCUCUCCCCUUGAUUUCCACAACUCCCGUUGUAGUGCCCUUUCCGACCAGUUAUUUACUGAUGAAGGCGUCUAAGUCGUCCCGCCAUCUCCGUCUGGGCCUGCCACGUCCGCGCUUCUUUUGCGGCAUCUACUUGAUGGCUAUACUAGCCCACCUAUCCGGAUGCAUGCGGCAGACGUGACCUGCCCAAUCCCACUUCAACAUGUGUAAAAAAAAUUGGGCACUCUUUAAGCUGACUUUCAUACUACAGCUGCAUUACAGCCUUGACGUGGCCGCCAUCAGUGUCAACUUCCUUAAUUUUUUUUACAUUUUUCAUAAUGGGGCGAAAGAGAACGCGGAAGAAUCGUUUUAGUUCUUGCUAAUCGUGACACAAAGAACGGAAUAAUAGGAGUACCAAAUAAAUAAGUGUUUUCGAUAUAUUUUCAAGGGUUCAGACUUUGUGGUGUUAAGAAAAUAUAAAGGAGGGCAGGUCGGAAGGUGUGUGCAUAAAUGUAUUUGCUAGAAAUAAGCAUAUUGAAGCACUUAUUUAUAUUUGGUUAUUUAGAUAUGUGUGAAUGACUGACGUAAUAUAAGUGUUUAGUACGUCUUGUUUUCAUAGUAUUAAAGGGGAUGUGUAUUUUCAAUUUUUAACUAGAGCAAAAUGGAAAGUCAAAUUAUUUGAUAGCCCAAUUUGCUCCGAGAUGCAUCUUGCAUAUGUCUAGUUUGUGAUUCACAGAUGGUAUUUAUACAUUUGAUAUUCUUCCUUAUCAUAUAAUCUUUUACAAGUACCGAUUUUUAUCGACUUUAUUUUGUUCGCGGUAAGGUAGAAAGUCGUAUGUAUGAGCCAUCUGUCAAUGAAGAACUAGUGUUUUUCCUGUACGGAUCUUGUGAUUUUGUUUUCGAACGUGCUGUGCAUUUUGUUCUGUGACGAUUAAAAAAGUUUAUUGAUUGUA